AUGAGUAGGGCUUGUGAUCCCAUCGUAGACUCGAGUGCUUAUAGAUCGAUGUCAAGUGACGAAGGGGUGAUGCAAGAUGGAGCGAUCAGUGUUGAUGUCAGAGCCCAGGCGAACCUCGUCGAAACAGGGGGUCUAAUUGGCAUCGGAGAGGCAGUGAUCCAAGCAGGUGUUGAAGGCAAGAUGGAGAUCCAUGGCGAGGCAGCAGGCGCACCGUUCGGCAAGGUGACCCAGGCGGUGCGCGUCGACAUUGGGGCGACCCAAGUAGCGAGGCCCGAAGGGGAGGUGACCCAAGAGAUAGGCGCCGGAGUUGAGGCGCUGUGGGUGAUGGGCGCUAGUGGUGCGCUGCUAGGUGACGAGCGUAGGCUGUGGAGCCUGCAAAUGGCUUUGCUAGAUGCUGGGCAUGGCCAAGUACGCGCGCCAGUGGCGUCGCCAGGCACUAGACAAGGCCAGACUGGUGUGCGAACGACAUCGUUAGGUUUAGGGCGCGAGCGGGCAACGCUGGAUGCCAUUUUGUCGAUGUUGGGCGAUAUAGGCACCACGACGGUGGUUGGGCACAGAGCUAGGAAGCCUCGGUACGGGGUUAUGGAGCAUAGUAUGUCGGGGGAUGUAGGUGUUUCUGACGGCAUUGAUUCUGGUCAAAUGGCGGAUGAUAUGGUUCGUUCAGGUGGAACUCCACGGAGUUAG